CUACCUCUCCAUAGUCGACUCCGACGACAACGUCUCCCAACGACAUCUUCCUAAACACUACACCCUCCAACAUGUCGAUCAACCCCGAGACUUCCUUCUACGCCGACGCCGUCCUCUUUGACAUGGACGGUACCCUCACUGAUUCCAUCGCAGCCGUCGAGGCAGCUUGGGGGAAGGUCGCCAAGGACAUUGGGCAGGACCCAGCAUACGUGAUCGCCGCCACACACGGCAAGCGCGCUGUGGACAACCUCGCCCAGUUCAAGCCCCAUAUCAAGGAGCACGAGAUGGACUCAGAGGUGCAAGCCUUCGAGGAGUCCAUCCUCUUCUUCGCCGACGCCUACAAUAGGCACGGCCCCGGUUCCCAACCCGGCACGCCUCUCUCCUCCGGUGCCGCGACACCCGCCCUCACGCCCUCCAACUCGGCACCCGCGUCCCGCUCAUCAUCGCGUGCAUCAUCAUUCGUCGGCAACCUCGCACAGCUCGCCGCCUUCCGCCGCCCGUCCUUCCUGCACCGCGUCUCCUCCCUCCUCUCCAUGUCGCCCAACACCAUCCCCGAGGGCAACGCCGCGACGUUCGAGGAGACGAUCGCCGAGGAGGAGGAGGGCGUCACCAAGGACUGGCGCACGAGCCUCGAGAAGCAGCACCAGCUCCAGGCGUGGCAGAUCGAGGCCGCCGCCGUCGACCGCUCCGUGCGCAUCCUCCCCGGCGUCAAGCGCGUCAUGGACGCGAUCCCGAAGGGCAAGUACGCCGUCGCGACCUCGGGCGCGAAGACGUACGCGUACGGCUGCAUGACGCGCGUCGGCAUCACCCCGCCCGACGUCACCAUCACCGCGGACGACAAGCGCCUCAAGGCCGGCAAGCCCGCGCCGGACCCGUUCCUGCUCGCGGCGAAGGAGCUCGGGUACGACGCGAAGCGCUGCGUCGUCUUCGAGGACUCGCCCUCGGGCAUCCGCGCGGGCGUCGCGUCGGGCGCGACGGUCAUCGCGGUGUGCACGAGCCACGAGAGGUCGAAGAUCGAGAACUGCGGCGCGCACUUCAUCGUCGACACGAUGGAGCAGGUCACGGUCACCCCGGAGGGCGACCGCCUCAGGUUCGAGAUCAAGGCCUCUGCAUGAGCUGGCGCUGCAGCUCGCCCUUCUCGGACCGCCCUUGGCUUCUUUUUUUAUCGUCCGCUUUCACGCUUUGUGGCCCAUGCUAGUCUCGACGACCGCGAUUAUUCCCCUUCUCUGAUGUUCUAGUAUGCCCUCCCGCAUCAUUAUUUGUCUCGUACAACGCAAUCAUCUGGAUUCCCUGUACAAAUAGCUGUACAUUAUAUUCUAGAUGCUCUCCUCCAGUCGCUCUUCGACGCACCUCUCGUCCGCUUUGUAGUCUCGCGUUUCUUUCGAGUAGACUUAGAUAGCUAGAGUGCAAUCGAUUUGGAAUAUUUUUC